AUGAAAUCGAACGUUCAGUUUUGUUGGUAUGAGAUAUUCUGGCAAUAUAACAAGACAAGAAAGUUUGAUUCGAGAGAAAGUUACAAGACUUUAGAGAAUAUAGAUGAUGAUCGCACAUACAAGCGUCACAGGUCACAGUCUCCGAACAUUGAGAAUGAUAAAAAGGAAAAUGACACAGAAGCGAUUAAUAACGAACAAAAUUUAGAUGAAAAACGAGUUGAGGAAGAAUUUGUGAAACGGUAUAAUUUGAGAGAACGACAAGAGAUCAACUAUGCCGAAAUUUCAUGCUCAGAUAUAGAUCCAUAUCAUGUCAAUCAUAACGGAAGCAACAUAUAA